CCGGAAGUUGAAGUCAUGUGACAUGACUGACUGAAUUUAUUUAUGGAGGCGUCAAUAACCUCAAUCACAAUAAACAUGAUAAAGAGGAAAAUGGGAUAAAAUAAAAUGGAAACAGGUGAUGAUCCUCGCCUAACUGAAAGACAGAAUAUACUGACACGUCUGUUAGAUUCUGUUAAACAGUGUCAAGUAAGGUUUGGUGGAAGAUCAGAACUUGCUGCUGAUGGGGAUAGCAGGGUAUCAUGUCUGUGUUCAGCUUGGGAAACUGCUUUACAACAUGGAAUGAAACAGAAUAAUAAAGCUUUAUUAGCUAUCAAACAAGUUGGUGAAAUAACUGGAUUAUCUAAAGUAACAGAUUUUUUCUCUGAUAUUAAAAAUGUUGAAGGGGAACCAGUGUAUUGGCAUUAUGUGAAGGAACAUUUAACUAAACAUGAAAUUCAGAGAUUUUUUAGUUUAAAGAAUAUUGAUAGUGAUACUGGAAGAGGAAGAGCCUGGUUACGUGCAUCAUUUAAUGAACAUUCUCUAGAACGUUAUAUGCACAUGUUAUUAGAGAAAAUAGAACUAUUAAGCCAGUAUUAUGAAGAUUGGUCAUUUUUACGAGAUGAAGAAAGAAGUAGUAUGCUGCCUAUGAUGGCAGCAGGUCUAGGUUCUAUUUUAUUUGCUAUAACAAUAGACAGAAGUGAAUUAAACAAAAGUAGCCUAUCACAGAACAGUGUGCAUAUAAACACAAAUUAUCACCCAAUCAAAAAUCAAGAAAGUGAACCAAAACCUGUUAUUGCUGGUGAAACUAUUGCUGUUAACGAGAAACGAAAAGAGAAGAAGAAAAAGAAGAAGAUAGCUAAUAUUGUUAGUUUUGAUGAAGAAGAUGAAAGCAUUGUGGUUGCAAGUAAAAAUAAAAAAGACGCAACAACUGUGAAUUCUAAUAAACAAAUAUUAAAAAACAGUUUCAAAUCCAAUGAAGAAAUUGUGAAAAGGGAAGCAACUCCAAAUAGUGAUUCCACACGAACUAAAGCUAUUGACAUACUUUCAUCCGAUUCUGUUAAAUCCUCUCAAAAGAUGCAGCACCAAGAAUUUAUAAAACAUGACAACCCAUCAUUUGAUCGUUCUGUGUCGAGUACGGUUAGCUCGAUAUCUAAUUUAUCAGCUGACAGGUUAUCACGAUCAAGUUUAGGAUCAUUUAGUUCUGAAGAUGUAGAUUUUGGGGAAAGUACUACAACAUUAACACCUCUAUCACCUUCAGGUCAUCCAAUAGAUGAUGACCUUUUACAUUUAAAUAAAUCAAAAAUGCCUCUAGGUACAUCAGUUGAUUCAUUGGAUGUUUCAAUGUUAUCAGUUGAAGAUACUGUAUCAACUAAUGCUCAUCAUAAUAGUCUUUCACAACUUUCUAACAGGAGGAGAACACAAGGUGAUGGAGGUAAUACAGAAGUGUUGUUAGAUAGAAGAAGUGAUUCUAUAUCAGCAGAAGAUUUAAAACAAGCUGUUGUUGCUAUGAUGUUACAUAAAGAUGAAGUAGAAGACAAAAAUAAGUCUUUAAAAAGUAUGUUAGAUCAAGAAAUGGAAAUAUCUUCUACACUACGAGCUGAAAUAGAAGAAAUGAAGAUAUCAUUUAAUAUUAGUCAUGAAAAAGAACAGACUAAAAAUGAAACUUUACAAAAAGAGAAUGAGUUAUUAAAACAUCAACUAAGAAAAUAUAUAAAUGCUGUACAGUUGUUGAGAACAGAAGGUGCCUCUGAUACCCAAGAUAAUCUAGGUAUUACUCUAGAAGAUCCCCAACCAGUAAUUCCACCAGUAAAACCAUCUAUAGAUUAUAGCCAUGAGGCUUCAGAAUAUGAGAAAAAACUUAUACAGGUAGCAGAAAUGCAUGGAGAAUUAAUGGAGUUUAAUGAACUAUUACAUAGACAGUUAAAUGCUAAAGAUGCUGUUAUAAGAAGUAUAAAGGAAGAAUUAACAGAUCUUCGUGGACCAUUACCAUAUGAUGGUCAGUCAUCAGAUGAUUCGUUACCAGGUGAUCUAGAGUCUUCUUUAAUUUCCCGUAGUUUGAUAAAUAUAUGGAUACCAUCAGCUUUUCUUGGUGGUUCUAAAACAGACAGUCAUCAUGUUUAUCAGGUUUAUAUACGGAUACGAGAUGAAGAAUGGAAUGUUUAUCGUAGAUAUAGUAAAUUUCUUGAUGUACAUACAAAAUUAAAAAAGGUUUAUCCUUUGAUUGGAAAAAUCGAAUUUCCACCCAAGAAAACACUUGGUAGUAAGGAUCCUAAAGUUGUUACAACUAGAAGAAAAAUGUUACAGACUUACCUACGUAAAGUUAUAAAUCAUCUUCUUGAGAAAAAUACAGAUUUAGCUGAUCAUGUUAGUAAAGAUAAACUUAUAGCUGUAAUUCCAUUCUUCAAUGACCAACCAGAUGAUAAAAAGAAAGGUAAAAAGAAGAAUGGUGCCACAUCUCGCCAACAACAACAACAACAAGCAUCAGGUAGUUUACAACAGGUAGACGGAUCUCAGGUACAAGAUGGUGGUCCCGGACAAUAUGAAGGUUUUUGAUAGGAUAGUCAUAUUAUUUUAUAAAAUAGCUAGUCAAUAGUCAAGUUACUGUAGGUGAAGACUUUAAUAUAAGUCUAUCAAGUUGUAAAAUUCAAUAAUUGUGGCUUGUCAGUUAAAAUGUUCUAUGGACAUGAACAAAUGUAUAUCUGUAAUAUAUACUGGAAAGAUAUGUUAUUUACAUAUUGUAUUAUCUGAGUUGAAAUUAAAGGUUAGUUUACAUAAACAGAAGUGUGAGGAAAGCUGUUUGGGGAUUAUAAUGAAUAUUAGAGGUGUAGCUGUUGUAAUUUGGUUUGGAUAAAAUCAUGCAGCAAACUGUAUGUACUCAUUAUUUUAUUGAAAAUGUUUAUUAAAAAAGAAAUAUUCAAUUCUUUUCUUGUAAUCAAAUCAUUGUUCUGAUAGCUGUUGAUUUGUGAAUGAAUUUUUGAUAAUAUCUUGCCGAAGUAUAUGUUAUGUUAUAUAGUAUAUUUCUUAUUGAGAAUAUGUAGAUUAAGACCAGUAUGAUAUUACAUGCUUUACUGAGCAAUGUCAUUUUGGAUAUUAAAUGAUCAGUGACUUGUACUUUUUGAUAAUAAAAUAAUUAGUAACUUCAGAUUAUAAUAAACUUCAUGAUCAAUAAUUCUAAACAUCUAAUUAAUAUGAAAUAUGAAAUUACUAGGUAUAUGUGAUUGAAUCGUAUUAUGAAUUUAAAGUUACUAAUUGUCAUUGGCAUAUUUCGUUAAUAUCUAAUUUUUUACCACUUUUACCACCCUAAAAUCUACUUAAAUUGAAUAUUUAACAUUUGAAUAAGAAAACCAAACCAAAAUAUCAAUGAUAGAUCACCUCAUGGCUUGGAUUUUAUUGCACUGAAAAGAGGCUUGUUUAUGUCGUCUGCCUAGGGAUGCACAUUAUUAGUUCAUUAUAUCUCUGUAAAUAAUGAACUGAAUUAUACCAUAUUGGUUCCAUUAAGAUAUUCAACAUUCACAUUGAAUAUUGUAGAUUUCAAGGGAUUUAAAUUCAAAAUCACUCAAAUAAUGAUCAGAGGCUGUAAUAGUAUCUGUUCAUUCACAGUUGUUGCCUUAAUUAAACAUACAUUAUGCAAGAGCUAAACCUGCAGGUCUUUCUUUAGGCCUGAAAUGUUAUAUAAACUAUUAAUUAGACAUUUAUUAACAUAAUCAAUUCUCGAUGCCAUCAUAUAUCUUCGAUGUUAAGUAGAUUAGAACGGUUCAGCCAUAUUUUGAUUUAAUUUAAAAAUGUUGAAGCGAGGCUUAGCUUCGAACAACUAGUGCGGUGGUUAGCAUUAAUGCACACAUCUUGUCAAACCUUCAAAGGCUAAUAUCUUUGCUCACAAUACAAUAAUUUGAAUAAAUUUUAAAUACAUUCAUUUUGCAUUAUCUAUUUUCAAACUAUUAUAGAAAGAAUGUCUAGUUCUGUAUCUAAAUCUGACAUAAUGUAUCUUUACAUGAUAAAGCUCAACUACCUGAAUAUGCUUGUUUAUAUUGUACCAAUAAAUACUCAUAAUAUCAAUUUAAUUUAUCGAACAGUAGGACGUUAAACCCCAUUUCAUUUCAUUUCAAUUUAAUUUAUCAAACUUGAUGUAUUCACCAUACAUUCCAUACUAAAAGUAAACAUACCUGGAUUUAAUGAACUUGAUUGACCCAAUUAAGUAUCAGUAUAGUUUAAAAUCAAGAAUGUGCACAACUGGCUAAGAAGAAAAUAUUUACAAACACAAAUAUAAACUAUGGCUCAAGGUCUAUCAAUGAAAACAUACCGAAACAUCUUCAAACUUUAGAAAAUGUAUGAUGUAGAGUCAGUCUGAUAAAAACACAGACCUUCUUUCGUUUCGUUUUUUAUAGUUCAAAAUUUUAUUUUAAUUGUCUUUACUAGACUAGGAUCUGGAAGAGUUGUUAUAUAACCUGGGUUCUAGUUAAUGUGAGGGAUUAGCCAAUGAAACGAUCUGUUACGGCGAGUUCUUGACGUGUGCUGCAUGGAACUGUGGGUAUCCCACUAGAAACAUCAAUGGUGAUUGGUUAAUCAAAUGUCGGACGUCAUAGGGUCAAAACCUGCUCCUAUGACCCUUGAAGCAACCUUCCACUACAACCGUUGAGAUCUUCAUGCAGUGGAGGCCCUCAAAAAUAUAAAAAAAACAAAAACGAAAUAUAGAUGUGUAUUUUAAUCAGAUUGGAUGUAUAGUAAGAAAGUUGUUAUUUAUGUUUAGGGUGUUUGUGUAAGAUGAUUUCAUAUUUACAUGUACAUUCAGUUCUAUCUAUAUUAACUGUUAUUAGUCAUACCAUGUAUGUUUACUACGCCCAUAUUAUUUCUUUAAAUUUUAAAUCUUGUUUGUAUACAUGGAUUUCGCUCAUUGUUAAAUUUUAAAUUCACUAAUCAUAAGAUUUGAAUUCAUUUAUUGAAUAAUUUAUUUCUGAUCAAACUCUAUUAGGUUUAAAGAGGUACAGCUUUAAAAAUGUUCCGAUUAUAAAUGUCUUGCCAUAAGUAAUGCAACUGUAGAUGUUGAAGGAAUAUCUUCAGUACUGAUUUAUAUUUAUUCAAUUUGAUGCUUCCACAUAUAAAUAUAUAUAGUGCAAUAUGUAAAUAUGUACAAGUCAUGGUUUAUAUUGCUUGACUUUUUAAUUAUAUUCCUUGGAAAUGAUUAUUAGAUAUAGUUCAUAACUCUUCAUGACUUGGGUAGGUUGAGGUGCUAGAGCGAGUAGUUAUUUCAGGCAGUCAAGGUACUAAAUGGUUACCUGAAUAGUGCACAUACCUGUAUUUAUGAACACACGCCAAUGGCAUUACAAAUAAUCUGGAUGUUCCAUGCUCUAUUACUGUUACACUAAAGAGUUGUCUAUCUUUGAACAUCACCGUGUGGCUGUUGAAUAAAUGAAUGGAAGUAGAAAUACUCAACUAAAAUUGUGACAUGGAUUUAGUUUACUGAGCAUUUAUUACUAUAUAGGUGACUUAGUGUAGAUAAUUGGUUAGAGACAGCUAUAGGGCUGAAUUAGUUAAGUAAAUUGUUUCUGACAAUGAUUAUUAAUUAAAAGAAACUAUUAUAUUUAUAUUUGCUAUUGUAUGUUACAUGUAUUUGAUAAAUAAUUUAUUUUGAUACUUAUAGUGAUUAUAUUUUUAAAAUUUUAUGAAAUUAAUUGUUAAUUAAUUCAUAGCAUUUAUUGAAAUCAAUUAGGAUAUAAUAUGGCAUUAAUUAUAUUUGUAUGUUUUAUUAACCACAUCAAUAAUAAUUACAUUGUAUUAUUAUGAUUUUGUUAAUAAUUGAUGUGCUAUAUUUAUUUUUGCAGUGGCGUAUCUAGGUUGGGGGAGAAAGGCAGAGUGAUGUGCAUUUAUCUGAUGAAAUUGAAUGUUUUUUUCAGGUCAAGAUAUGAGCGACAAAUCAUAUUUUCCCCCAAAUCAAAUAUGCUGCGUCCACUACUGUCUCACCUUGAUUAACCUUGAUGUUUGUCCUACUCUUAUUAUCAUAGAUUGAAAUCUGUUCAUGUAGCAUAUUUAGUAUUUAGAUUUGAUUGAUUAAAAAUUGUUUAAAUAAAGUUAUUGUAGCCAAUAAAUAUAGAUUAUUCAUAGACUAUUAGUAUUGGCAGAUCCGUUAGCUUAUGAAUCAAAUCUGAAUGACAUUAUUGUCUUAUAAAUGUUAUGGUGUAUAUAUUAAUAAAUCCAAAGACAAAAAAAGCACAAAAAAAAAAUCCUGGAUAACUUUUCUUUCUUAUGUUUAUAAUAAAUUAACAAAGGUCCAUAUAUAAAAUCUGUGAUGUAUAUAGUUUUAUAUGUUUCUUCUUCAAUGUAAUAUUGUAUGUACAUGUAAUUGUUUAUAUUUUGUUAAUGAUGUGAAUAAGUAUGCAUAUAUAUAAUGCUACAAUAGAUUACAGUGUAGACUGUACAAUAUAUAUAUAUAUAUUAUACAUCUGUAUUGCUCUUAUAAAUUGAGAAUAUAAAAAUCUGU